AUGAAGUUGAAAAAGACAAUUGCAAGUGAAACACCUGACAUUCCAUUAACUGUCAACAACCUCCUAGUAGUUUUCAAAGAGUUUCUUUCAGUUUGGUUGAAUCAAAUACUUUACUAUAACAAGAUAUACGACCCCUUAAUAUUUGAUGAAUACAAGGCAUUCAACGUAAUUGUAUGGAAGAAUAGGCACCCCCAUUUGGAAAAGUACAUUGACGACCUAUUUUUGAAUGUGAUUAACAAUCUCAUCAUUAAUAAGAAACAAUCGAAUGGACUUGAUAAAAUCACUUGUUUCGUCUACAAUACCAAGAAUGACACCGUAGUGAGAAGUUAUUCAUUGAAAUUUCAACAAUUCAUUCUUUCUUUAGAUGAAACAAUUUCCGAGUUGAAACUUGUUGACCAUGACACGUCGUCGAUUUUGAAUAUACCAGGGAUAUCAUGGAUUGAAAUUUACACUUACUUUCAGACUAAUUUAUUUCAGCAUAUACAACAGUUGCGUAAAACAACAACUGUCACUGAAACCCAAGAAGAAGAUUUGUUUUUUAAAAUCACUGUUGGCAUACACGAAGAUAUUCACGCAGGGUCUAAUUGGGUGAGGCUCAAAGAAACCAAACUGCGUGAUAAGGAUCAACAACAGGAACCUGGUCCAGGACCAGCUCAACAAGAGCAGCAGCAGCAGCAGCAGCAGGACCCACUGCAACCACAACAAUGGCAAUCAGAGAGACGAAGAUCCACUUCUUCUUCCAUAUCAAGUCGAAGAUCAUCCACGUCGCGCUCGAGAACCGAUUCAAUGUGGCGUCUCACUAAUGACGAUGACGAUAUGGGCAAUGGGUACUCUAGAUAUCAUGACAAUGACGGAGAUUUAGAAGGGGAUGGCGGUGAUGGUGGUGGCACAAACAAAAAAUUGGAAUACAUACAUGACAUACCGCCCAUUUUCACUGAUCCAAAAGUGAUGGAACAGUAUUAUGUUGCCAUUGAAAAACAAUCAAGAUCCAGCCGCAAUCAACAACAAGCAUGGUUACAUCCGCCUCAACUACCACCUCAUUUGGAAAGUGUCAUAUUGAACAAUUUCAACAGCAAUGAUAACAACUCUGGUGCUUUACCUAUUCCCAACCAUGUUGUUUUGAACCAUUUGGCUACUACUUCCAUCAAACACAACACAUUGGCUGUUGCUUCAAUUGUACGAUACAAGCGGAAAUACGUGACACAGGUUUUAUAUGCCCCAUUGUAA